CUGAGUUAACGUUAACACAGCAACAACAUGCUGACCCACAGGAGCUUCAGAAAGGCCGAAGCCCACUGCACCUCAGGGAAACCUCUAAAGCCACAGCGGCUGAGGGCUGAAAUGAAGACGAUAGGAAAUGGCCUCUUCACCUCUGCAUGACAUCCGUACCUUCGACACUGAGAUGGGUUGCGCUUCUCUGUGGUGUGUGACGGGAGGAGAGUCAACACCUCUGGCAGCAACGGUGGACUUCCUUACCCACAUGCCUCAGAGAGGAUGUUUCUUUUGACAGGAAGUAAAGCAACAAAUGGAAGAAGCGAGCGCAGAUCCAUCUACCAGAAGUUCCGUGAGUAUGAGGUGCUGGACAAGAGGAAGACGGUGACAGCUCUGAGAGCAGGAGAGGACAGAGCCAUACUGCUGGGCCUCAGCAUGGUCUUCUUCUCUGUCAUGACAUACUUUGUCCUUGGAAUCACCAUACUGCGCUCUUACUCGGACAGUGUGUGGACUAAUGAGGUCAGCUGCACCAUCGUGAACUCCACCAUCAUGUGGGAUGUAAACUGUUCGUACAGCUGUGGGUCGGAGUGCUGGAAGAACUCCCGUUACCCCUGUCUCCAGGUCUACGUCAGCCUCAACUCCUCAGGAAAGGUGAUGCGACUGCUGCACAACGAGGAGACUGAGGACAACAACCCAGAGUGCUUCUACAUCCCAAAGUGUCGUAAAGACUAUGCAGCCACACACGCCAUAGUUCAGAACAUUUCUGGGCGUCUCAGGCCUCAGCACUCAGUUCAGUGUUUCGUGGACCCUGCGGAGAGGAUGGACUGUGCCAUUUUGACUCAGAUUUACGGUCGGGUCGCCGUCUUCCACUCCCUGUUCUGGCCAACCUGCACACUGAUUGGAGGAGCCAUUAUCGUUGCCAUGGUGAAGUUCACUCAGUACCUAUCCAUCAUGUGUGAGCGACUGAGCCGCAUCAAGACGUGAUGGAGAGAAAGGCGGCCGGUUCAGAUGGAAGCUCCUGUAAUACGGACAUACAACAUAAGUGGAAGCAGUGGGUGACGCUUGGAAUGCUGGGAUUUACACAAUGACAAUCUCAAAGUUUUCAGAAAGAGGAGCACGUGUUUUUGAGACAGUUGAAAGCCACAUUUAAAGAUAAACUGAUGCCUCUGCUGGUGGUUGAAGUGUAGUAACAAUCUUUGAAAUGAUGAUUUGCAACUUGUUUGUGGAUCAGUCUUUUAUAGGGAUGCACCGAUAUGGAAAUUCUUGGCCGAUACCGAUAUUUAAAAUAACAAUCUGGCCGAUUACCGAUACCGAUAUUUGUUUAUUUUCUUUUUGUUGUUAUUCAUUCACCCUUUUGUGCCAGAAAAAUAAUUAAAUCAUUAUUUAAAAAGCACUAUUCAUCACUCUUAUCUUUUAAUGAGCACAAAUUGAAUCAGAUUUAUGAAACAAUCUCUGAUUUAACUAAACUUUAUUUAACAGAGACAUAUUAGGCCCAUUUUACCGCAAGUUUAAAUGGUUCCUUGGGAUCUUAAUGAAAUGUCUGUAACAUAUUUUGGUCAAAAUACCACAAGGAUAAUUUAAAACAGCACCUUUUUGCCCUGUCUAAAACAGCCCUGUUAAAGUAUCAUUAUAGAGAACGCUCUUCUCAUUGAUUUACGGUAGAAGUAUUGCCCGUUUAUUAGAUGUGUUACGGCUUCUGCGUGUAUAACGUAUGUUGUCAAUUCCCUUGUUACCUGUGCAUGAGACGGAUGAAUAGAGCCGUUGCACAUGAGAAUAAAGUACUUAAACAGACGCUACGCUCAUACUUUUUACACCAAGUUACACUGCGUGAGUCAAGAUAACUUAACAAGCCCUCCUUAAAGCCUGAAACAUGCUUCUGCAUUUUCACGGGCCCGUAAGCGCAAGAGCCCUUCCGGGUCCCUUACGUGCUUAUGUAUCCCUCCUUACGUGCUGACGGGUGUCGACCCCCUUUUCUAAAAUUUACGGCAAAGCUCCGCAAGCUCAUUCAGCCCGCAAGGCUGUGAUUGGUCUGCUCUACAUCCCUUCUGGAGCUGCAUUUCCGGUUUCAUGCCCCAUAAUACAGGCAGAAACAACAGGAGAUUUAGAAGAAUGAAUAUGGACCAAAUAGAAGAGCGUUUGGCAGAAGAGAUCCGAAAGUAUGUCCACUUGUAUAACCCGUCACUGACUGGCGUAUUUGUCCGCCUGAAAAAGGCUACAAGUACCCGCAGUAGCUAUGUAAAUAAACAAUCGAUGAAGAAGAAAGAAGGCGUCUCUCAGGUCGUCUUCGACAAAAAGCAUUACUCCGCCUAGUGUUCUGGCGCGGAAUUGCUUUGUAAGACUCGCAACGGUUGGGGAAGCAUGAAUGACAACGAGUCUUGCGCCACAGCGGCGUGAAAAGACGCAGA